GUUCUAUCUAAUGCGUUCUUUUUAAUACGUAUACAAGAACAAAAAUUAUGCACGACAUCAUCUUCGGGUCUGCCGAAAUGGCGACAAUCUCCGAUUGACGUUAGUCGUGCCGCCGUAUGGAGUAAAAAGUUUCCUCCUUUACUAUUGACAAAUUAUUGGACGAAAGAUGGCACAGCGAUACUUACAAAUACCGGCAAAACAGUUAACAUUGAAUUGGCAAAUAGAAAAAUGCCGAUAAUGCGCGGCGGUCCUUUAAAAGACGAUGAAUUUCAAUUUAUGAAUGUACAGUUCCGAUGGGGCCCGUCCAACUGUCGAGGCGCAGAACAUUCUAUUGACAACAUUUGGUAUUCCAUGGAGGCUCAAGUUAUGCAUUGGAAUAUGCGUUACGGAUCGAUAGACAAGUGCUACGACAAAUCUGAUGGAAUUGCAAUACUCUCCUAUCUUAUACAGGUUGUUGGCUGUCCUGGGAUUCCGGAUAAUACUGCGCUUGCUCCAAUCACUGAUAAACUCUCGGGAAUAAAACGAAUGGAUAGCACUGUAAAUAUUGCUCCGGAUUGUUUACGCUGGAUGAUGCAUGCAUGUAUUUACUCUGGAUAUUAUACUUAUUCGGGCUCUCUUACUUUUCCUCCGUAUAAUGAAUGCGUCACUUGGAUAAUCGUGCCGAAUCCAAUAAAAAUAUCUUCCUAUCAGAUUGAAGCAUUCAGAAGCCUUUAUAAUAAUAAAUGGGAGCCUAUAGUAAGGAACUACAGAUCGCAACAUUUUCUUCGUGGAAGAAGGAUUUUCUUUGCCACGAAUGACGCAGUAGCUUGAUCGAUUAAAUACAAACAUACCAGAGAAAAUUACAUUCGGAAAUAAUUAAAUCGGAUUUAGACCAAGCAAGCACAAACAAACAUAAAUGAAUAAUUUAUUGAAGCGUAUUAUUUGUGCUCGCAAGUUUGCUCUGGAUCUGGUUUCACAUAUAAAAAUAAAAAUUUUUUUGUGUAUAUUAAUUUUACUAUGAAACAUACAUUAAAGUAUAAACAAGAAUUUAAUAUUUUCUAUAUUUAAUAUUACUGUAAUACGAUGAUAUGUCUAUUCCUAUCUAAAAAAGUACAUACAUGCAUUGCAUCGAUACUCGAAUUCUCGAAGUUUAUUAUUGUUUUCCCUCCCAAUGUAUAAUAUACUAAUUGAUUCUCAUUUAGCGCUUACUUCGUGAACAGCUGUCGCGAAAAUCGCAUAUUUUGACUAUGCGCAUGAGAUGUAUUCAGGGGUAAUAUUAAU